GCGCCAGUUGUCGCCCGUGCCGGUCACGUUAUGCCGCUGCUCGUACUCGGCCGAGCGCGCACCCGAACACGCUCUCGAUAAAUCGCAGCCGGUAAUUGACCAACAUGUGAUCGGCAAACACAAAAUACCAUAGAUUCGCAGAGAAACGUCGGUGGGAAAUAUUACUAGUAUCAAUUACCUUCCCUGUGUGAUGUCUAUUUGCACCAAUAAUACGAGUGUUGAGUUGUUCGAGUUAGAGUUACAAUAACCACAAAGUGAACACGAUCUGGUCGGAAACUGUACGAAAGUGACACGCCGUUGGGAAACUAACGCGGUUUUGAAAAACAUCCAUUUGUGUGAACUAAAGUAAUUCGAAAGUGUGACUUCGGUUCGGAAAAAUUCAGUGUAACAGUUUAUUAGUUAAAAAAUAUUGUUUGUGUAACAUCUGUGCGCGGCAGUGUAUAGAGAUUUGAACAGAUCGUGUGAACAACCCGACUUGCGGCGCCUGUAAACCGAGAAGCUGUCAAUAAUAUGGUGCAAUAAAAGUAAUAUGAAGGUGUUGGGUAUGAUGCGUGUCAGAGUCAACCGAACUGAUUUAUAAAUAAAGAAGGAAAGAUUUGGAUGAGACUGGGUGGUGGAAGUCGUGGGGAGUUGAGCGGGGUAUGAGAGGCGGUGUUGUGCAGUGACGGCGUCCGGGCGGCUGCCAUGGGCGCGGCGCGCCAUGCGCUCGCGCACGCGCCCGCUGCCGCGGCCCCCGCGCCCGAGCCGCGCGCGCAGCGCUCCGCCAACCUGAGCCACAUAACUGGCACCUCCCGCACCAUACAGAUGUUCCUCAAGAAUCGUUAUCUGCAGCUGCUGCCGGAUGGCACAGUCAACGGCACCACAGAUUACAACAGCGUUUACACGAUACUUCAGCGUGCGACGUACAAUGCCGGCCUCCUGACGAUCCAGGGGGUCUCCACCUGCCUCUACCUCUGUAUGGAUGCUUGCGGGUUCCAGUACGCUCAUAAGGAUCUCUCGGACGAUUGCGUGUUCGAGGAACAUAUAGAGGAGAACAACUACAAUACAUACUCGCGGAAACGCAAUGGGAAGAAAACCUUCUUGGCGUUAGACAACAGGGGGAGAGCGCGACGGACGCAGAUCCCCGUGAGUCGGCCGCUCGGCAACCUGUCCCCGUAUGCGCUCUCAUUGACGAGGCGGUGGGACGGACCCAAGCAGACGCACUGUCCGCCGCGGCGGCAUCGAGGCAAGCUGAAGCGGCCUCCGCCGCGACAUAGAAAUUGUCAUAUACGCCUUCAGAAAGCAAAUUUGAGGCAUAAGAGGAAACACAAGAAGGCUAAUAAUCCCAAGAAAAAGCAGCGGCGUACGAAGAUGAGAAGAAAACAUGAGAACGGGACGACGACCACGACCGAGGUGACGUGGGACGAGUCGACGAUGUCGACCAUGUCUACCACGGAUGUCGAGUUUUUUCGGUCGGCGACCGCGCAGGAGGCGGUCGGACGCGCGUGAGUCGGGCGCUGGUCGCGGUCGGGGCAGCCGUCGCGCUCGCACACUAGCACCGUUCCACACUUACACGUGCAAGAAUCUCUGUAUCAUUCCUAUUUAGUGCCGUUCCCACUGAUACACGGAACGGCUCGUGAAAUAUUUACGACAAAGUAGCAUUGCUCUCUUUACGAAUGGCGCUCCAAUUUAACUAUCGAGAAAGUUGAAACCCGUGACGCGUUCAUAACUAAUGGUUGUCGAAACUUGAACUUCGUUUUUCCUUUAUUAGUAGUAGUACGUACGAAACAUAAUACUCACUGUUGAGUUGGGCGGCGAUGCCGUCAAAGUCGAUACAUGUUAACAAUAAAAUGAAUGAUAUUAUUCUACCAAAGCUACUGAAAUUAUCUAUCUCAAUUUAUAUUCCUAGUUCGCUUUAAAACGUAGGUUUAUCGGCAAGAUUCCAGUUGUUAGUUACUGUUACUUAUCAAGAAAUUAACGUAGAUGAUAAAUUAACUUUAUUCGAUAAUGACUAAACAUUGAUUGUUUAUGACGUCGAGAUUAUCGUUGGGUAAGGUGGAACUGUGUUAGGAGAAGGCAAAGAUUCCUGUCAAUUAAAAUUUAGCCUAAAUACUUAUCGUUUCGGAAUCCCUCUCUCGAACGAGCAUCGCUUCAUUGACGUCCUCAGAAUCAAUGUUCAUUUCUAACGUCUCUUUAAUAGCUAUAUCUCUAAAAACAUUAAGUAGCAUUCGUGUAAUAUGUUUCUUUAAUUAAGCUUAAGUUAUUCGUUUAAUGGAAUUGAUCGGAGCCCACUCGGCUCCAUUACAUAUAACGUUUUAGUGCUCGCAUGUCUCAAAUGCUCGUAAUUUUCCACAUUUAAAUAAUGGCCUAAAAGGUUAGGUAUUCAAAUUAAGAAAUUAACGCUCUAUUCCUUCUUUGCGACAAUCGUAAACACGACAUUUAACAUAAUUUAACAUCUGAAUUAAAACAUCGUUGGCUGCCAUCACUGCUUACCUCGAAUGCUUCAAAAACACGAAGAGAAGAAAUUCCGAAACGUUUUUGUACUUAGAUACGUGUGUUGAGGUGUAAUUUCAUAAGAAAUUGACUGAAAAUUGGACUGAGUAAUGUAGUUUAUGUUGGUUUCGGCCUAGGCUAUGAUAGGAUAACGUAGUGCGGCGGACGGCAUGCUUCUUUAUUUAAUUGUAAGUUAUAUUCGAGCGUCGGACGCGAGCGGCCGUGUAUUAAUGACUUCGAAACUAUAAUCGACAUGGAUAGAGUUCCCACGCGUGCCGGUGGCUUGGUGACACCAUGCCUAAGUCACACCCCGCUGUGAGGACUAAACCAGUUCGAACUGGUGAAUACGAAAAACGCUAUAAAAUUAUAAUUGCGCAAUGCGCGUCUCCAGUACAAGCCCGCUCGUUUCGACUCGUCCAAAAAUGUAGUGAUAAACAUUAACGGCGACGAAGUGACUAUUAGUAAGUAGUUCUAAAACGUGUAUCUAAUUUGUAAAUUUAUUUAUUUUCCAUAGAGAAAGUCGUAUUUUGUUAACGUUUUAGUUGAUGUUUUUUAUCCUCUCGUCCCCUUUAGUUCCAACCGAAUGUAGAUGUGUAGGAUGUCAUACGCUUGUACCUUUAGUGAGCCAAUAUUAUUUGUAUUAUAUUUUUAAGUCCGUUCGGUAACAAUAUGUGCUCUGUAUGCAGUUGUGUAUAGUGUGUGAUGGAGGCAUUUGCAAAUAUUGUGAUUGAAUGGAUUUUACACGAUUACAUUCUCUUUAGUGAUGUCCCUCGCAAUCUGAUUAUGUGCGCAGAUAAUGUUGUAGCAGGUGUAUCUUGUACUUGGUCAACGAACAUUUUUUUUGCUUGCAACUCCAUGUUUUCCGUGUAGCCGUAAAUCUGAGGUAAAAGGUUAAUUUUGUUCAUAAAUUAUGCAAAACAGGUGUCCCACUUUCAGUUUUAGUCCAUAAUUAGUGACUGCCUAUUUUGAAUUUCUCUUGAAUUCCAAGUUACGAUAAGGUCCAUUGAACAGGUUGGUACAUAGACCGGUACAAUAUUAUACUUGAGAGAAAACAUGGCGACAAGGAUCUAAACUAAUGUUCGUUGCCUAAGAUAUUCAGGAGUUUUUGUGAAUAUAUGCAGCAAGCUUUAUGAAUGUACCUACGUAUGUUAUACGAAUGAUAUUUUGAAUUUAUUUAUAUGUAUGUAUAAUAUUUAGGUAUCAUAUGAAAGCGACAUGGAAUACGUACUUAACGAAGCAUUUACUCAUCAUAUAAUUAAACAUUUUUAUAUAAAAUAAUCACGAUCGUACCGAUUCCUUGUCGUUUUCGUUUAAGUGAAUAAAUUAUUCGAUUCUCGGAUUCGUUAAACUUGACUCGCUAUUGUAAAUGAAUACCAAUCGAUCUUUAUGUUAGUGUAGAAGCAGUAUUUCGGUAUUGUAAAAAAUGUUCUCCGUUACAGUAUCUAGUUUUUGUAGUUUUAUAUUGAAUAGAGAUUGUAAGAAACUUCAGCAGAUGCCGAUUGGUUAUAUUUUGUUCUCCUAUACGUAAUGUAACUGGCUUUGUAAAGAGGUGCCGUGUUUAUCAAACUCAUUCUCGCUGGUCGACAAUAAAUAAAAAAAAACAUUGACAGUUUAUUUUUUUUAUUUGGUCGUUGGAUAGCAGAUAAGUGUCACUGUCAUACCUGCAUACAGCCUAAUAGCGUAAUUAAAAUAAAAUUAAACCUUAAAUAAAUAGAAUAUGCGAGAAUCUGUGAGUUUGCAUAACAAUGUGCCGAGAUGGUGUAAAAAUAUGAGUGUUAUGUUAUUUUAAUGCCCAUGUGCCAUAAUACUGCCCUCUGGGUUAGCCUACCGAUUCAAUAAACACAGUUAAUUUUUCAGUUUCUAUACUCAAGUACAUAAUGUCAAAUAUUGUUAAGAAAUAAGGGGUUUAUCCACUUUACAGUCAACGAUGAACGAUAUGAUGAACUUGUAGAUAAAAUAUAAGAAUAUUCUUUGUAAUAGUGGUGUAAAUACCCCUUGUUUCUCGAAAAAUAUAUAUAAGAAUGUCAAGAGGAGUCAAACAGUAUUACUUAAUUAAUUAAUUUCGAUACGUUUUUACAAUAAUUACAUACUUUAAAAUGAAAUGUUCG